CCUAAAUUCAUUCAAUAUUUUAGACCCCGUAUUAUCAUUUGAAGAUAUGUUUUCUCGAAUUGACUCAUUAAAAAAACGAACAAUGGAGAUGCCAAAUGACGAGAGAAAAAAUUUCGCCGAAAAAGGAUUAUGGUCAAACCAAAGCAUCAUGUUUGGAAACAUUUUCAAGAAGUACGCGAUGGUAAAUCAGUUAAAGCGGUGUGCAAGUUUUGCAAGAUGUCCUAUAUCACCCACGUUGAUAGAAUGGUCAAACAUUUAUUAAGCAGCUGUACUAUGUGCCCUGUUAUAAUUAAGGAAAAAUUUUAUUCAAAUUCCAAAAUAUCAACCUCUACAAAAAAUAUCACAAAUGUAAUUUGUAAUACUUCUAAGUCUAACUCUAAUGAAGAAUUGGGUGAAAUUAGUGAGAAUGAUUAUCAAAUGAACAAUAUUUUGUCUUGUGACUCAGGAGAAUUUGAUUCCCUUAUUUCUAAUCAAUCUACAAGCAAGGCGAUUAAAUAUAAAUCUCAAUCUUGUAUAACCGGUUUCAUAGAUAGAAUUAAUCCCAAAGAAAAAAAUGAGCUGGAUCAAUUGUUUGCAAAGGCUGUAUAUGCGAGCAAUUUACCUUUCCACAUCACUGAAAAUCCUUACAUCCAAGAAUUUUUUAAAAAAAUACGUCCUAUUUACACAUUACCCAGGAGAAGGCAGCUGGCUGGAUAUCUUCUAGACAAAGCGUCAUGUGAUAUGGAGGUGAGAGUUGCAGAUAUAAUAGAUAAAGCUCCUUACUUAUCAAUUGUAUCAGAUGGCUGGAGCAACAUUAGAAACGAGAGUAUUAUUAAUUUUAUGGUGAUGACGCCUGUUCCAGUGUUCUACAAAUUUUUAAAUACUGAGGAAAAUCGCCAUACGGCAGAUUAUAUUGCCCAGGAAUUUAAAAAUGUAAUUUAUGAAUUGAAUCCGGUAAAAGUAUAUUCUUUAGUUACUGAUAAUGCCGCUAACAUGAAAGCAGCCUGGAGAAUUCUAAAAUCUGAAUCUAUUUAUAAUCAUAUACAAUGUUAUGGUUGUGCAGCGCAUACAUUGCAGUUAUUCUUUCACGAUUUUGAACGAUUGGACGCCUUCAGUGACCAUAUUUCAAUAAUUAAAAAAAUUGUUAAAUUUUUCAAGAAUAAACACAUACCAGCUGCAGUAUCUUCCCUUAAUAAGAAUCUUCAUGGCAUACCAUCUACAUUAAGUACAAUUAGCCAAACAAGAUGGGCAUCGUCAAUAAAAUGUAUGGAGCAAAUUCAAAUAUGCAAGAAAGCUCUAAAAGCAUCAGUUGUUGAAGAAGCUGUUUGUGAUAAUUGUCCCAUAGAAAUUACCAAUAAUAUAUUAAACGAAGAAUUUUGGACGAAAAAUUUAAAAUUUUUAGCUAUACUCCAACCUUUAGCUACCUCAUUGUUGAAAGUGCAAGGGGAUAAAUGUACUUUGGCCCAAGUAAAAAACGAGAUGCUUAAUUUGGAAAAACACAUAAUACAAUCAUGCCAUGAUUCUAUAUUUUCUCCAUCUCAAGAAAAAAAAAUUAAGGUUAUGUUUGAAAAGAGAAAAACUGAUAUAAAUACAUGUGCUCACAAUGCUGCUUAUUUAUUGGACCCCCAAUAUCAAGGGGAGCAUCUUACUAAUACUGAAUUUGAUGAAGCAUGUAAUAUAAUACAAGAAUUGGGUAUUUUACAAGGUGGUGAUAAUCAAAAUAUUUUGAGUAAUAUAGUAAAUUUCAGAAGCAAAAGCGGUAUAUUUAAUAGCCAUAAUAUGUGGAAAGUUGUAACUUCCAUAAGAAACAAUCAAAUUUCGGCCUCAAGUUGGUGGAAUGCAUUUUGCCCACCUUGCCCAUUAAGAGAAGUCGCUAAUAUUUUACUAACAUUUCCUAGUUCGACUUCUUCUUCUGAAAGAAAUUGGUCGGUUUGGGGCAAUAUUCACACGAAAAACAGAAAUAGAUUAAAGGCUUCUACAGCAGGAAAAUUAGUAAGAGUGUAUCAUAAUUUAAGAUUGAUUAAAAAUAUUAAAGAAAAUAAUGAUAUUGAAUAUGAAUCGGAACAAGACUCUGCCACGGAGGGUGAAACAUUGACUAUAGAAUGAAUUAAAAAAUAUUAUGAUAUUUAUUAUUAUACAUAG